AUGCCAUCGUCGAAAGAAAAAGAUAGUAAAACGCCGAAAAAGGCGUCAUCUACUGUGACAAAAAUCAAAACAAAAGAGGAACAAGAUUCAAAACCAAAAGCAAAAGAAGCAUCAAAAUCAUUAACUACGGCUACUGGUGCAUCAAAAACAACUCGUGUAUCAAAUGCAUCAGCAAAUUCUUUGACAUCGCAACAACUGGAUUCAACGUCUGGUGCAACAACAACAUCCUCUUCUCACCCACCACAAACACCAUUAACAAAAAUUCAACCGAUGCCCGGUGUACCAAAUAUAAAAAGAGAUGCUCGACGUAAUAGUUCAAGAUUUAAUAUAACAAAAAAUCGUGAACUUGUUAAACUUCCACCAUUGAAAGAAACAUCGGCAAAUGAGCGUGAAACAUUAUUUGUUCAAAAAUUACAACAAUGUUGUAUUAUAUUCGAUUUUCAACUUGAUCCAUUAUCAGAUUUAAAAUGGAAAGAAAUUAAACGUGGUGCUCUCAAUGAAAUGAUUGAUUAUAUAACAUCAAAUCGAGGUGUUAUUACUGAUCCUAUUUAUCCGGAAGCUGUACGAAUGUUUUCAAUUAACUUAUUUCGUACGUUACCACCAUCAUCGAAUCCAUCUGGAGCUGAUUAUGAUCCAGAAGAAGAUGAACCAAAUUUAGAAGUAGCUUGGCCACAUUUACAAUUAGUUUAUGAUUUUUUCUUGAGAUUUUUGGAAUCACCAGAUUUUCAACCAAAUACGGCUAAACGCUAUAUCGAUCAAAAAUUUGUAUUAAAUCUUUUGGAUUUAUUUGAUAGUGAAGAUCCACGUGAACGUGACUUUUUAAAAACAAUUUUACAUCGUAUCUAUGGUAAAUUUCUUGGUUUACGUGCAUAUAUACGUAAACAAAUAAAUAAUACAUUUUACAAGUUUAUCUAUGAAACAGAAAGACAUAAUGGUGUAGCUGAAUUAUUAGAAAUACUUGGAAGCAUCAUAAAUGGUUUUGCAUUGCCGCUUAAAGAAGAGCAUAAAGUAUUUUUAAUCAAAGUUUUAUUACCGUUACAUAAAGUGAAAACAUUAAGUGUUUAUCAUCCACAAUUAGCAUAUUGUAUUGUUCAGUUUUUGGAAAAAGAUCCUAGUUUAACACAACCGGUGAUACUCGGUCUGUUGAAGUUUUGGCCUAAAACACAUAGUCCAAAAGAAGUUAUGUUUCUUAAUGAAUUGGAGGAGAUUCUUGAUGUUAUUGAGCCGGCAGAAUUUCAAAAAGUUAUGAUUGCAUUGUUUAAACAAUUGGCAAAAUGUGUGUCAAGUCCACACUUUCAGGUUGCUGAACGAGCGCUAUAUUAUUGGAAUAAUGAAUACAUAAUGAGUUUAUUAACAGAAAAUGCUACUGUUAUAUUGCCGAUUAUGUUUCCAGCAUUGUACAAAAAUACAAAAACUCAUUGGAAUAAAACAAUUCAUGGUCUUAUCUAUAACGCAUUAAAAUUAUUUAUGGAAAUGAAUCAUAAACUAUUUGAUGAAUGUUCACAAAAAUAUAAAGUUGAAAAACAAAAAGAAAAAGAUAAAUUACGUGAACGUGAAACAGCUUGGACAAAAAUUGAAUCGAAAGCAAAACAAAAUCCAAGUUACAAACAUUUUGCUAAUAAUCAACCCGAAUUAUAUCGUCCAAAUGAAAAUGAUGACGAAGAUGUAGGCACGGGAAAUAUUACGGCCAAAGAAAUUGAACAAGAAGCAAAAGAAGUAUGUAAUAUUUUCGUUCAAAUUGUCUCUGAUACUGAAUUGGGAGUAAAAUGGAUAUCAAUUAUUAUUCUAGAAGAAAACAUCUCGGUGGAAAAUUUGAGUCUUAAGGCUAGUCGUUCAAUGAGUAAAGGUAAACCAAUGUUAAGACGAAAAAGUGAAUUGCCACAUGAUUAUUCAACAUUAAAUGCAUUAGAAAAACAUAAACGUUCAAAUGAUUUCUUAACAAUAUCACCUGAAACAAAUUUAAAUAAUUAA